AUGCCGCUCUGUUACUGCUCUGCGGAUUAUCUGUCUGCGUCUCGUCUCGUGCAGCUCGAACCCAGCGGCGGCGAGUGUGCGACGGCGACUACUCGGGCGCGAGCUCUGCAAGCGCUGGAGGCUACGGAGGAAUCUGUUCUGAAGCGCGUCCAAGAGGCUGGAAACUCACUUUGUUGCCUGAGACGACGCGCGUGGGUAGCAGCCUGUCGAGCAGCACAGACCCUCGCGCCCCGGAGCCGCUUUGCGAAACGCCUGACGUCUACUCUUGUGACGCGCCUAACUAUUCAGUCUCUCCUCUAUCCUAUCGAUGUUGUUCGCUGCCGCCGGGCGCAAGGCAUGGCAUUCAAGGACAUCCCGGUUGGAGCCCUCUACAACGGCUGCCUGUCCAUUCUCGCCAUGUCCGAGGUGCCCUACUGCGUGCUGUGCGUUACCCUUCAAACGCAGGCCCAGAAACUGCUAUCUCGGCACGCCGGAAAGCUUCCCACGGUGGCAAAUUUAUUCCUCAGUGCCAUCGCUGCGGAUAGUGUGGGCAGUGUGUAUAAAACUCCGUUCGAUUGCGCCAAGAGACUUCUGCAACGAGGAAAAGCGACGUCCGCCCAAGAGGCGUUGACCACAGUCCUGCGAGACGACCCCUCCACGCUGAAGACGACAUAUCGGGGCUUCUAUGCGCAAGUCCUCCGGGACGCCACCCACCGAGUGCUGAACGGACAUACGAUGCAGGCGCUUCGGCGGGUGAUUGCUGCCAGACAGCAAGCGCAGCAGGGCCCUCGACGACCGUUGCAGUCUGGGAUCGUCGCGAAAGCAGCGGAAAAAAUGCGCCUCACACCUGGGGAAGACAGCCCCCAGAUGAGUUUGAAGCCGAGAGGUGAAGGGAAACUCAACUGGGCAAGAGAUUUGCUCGUACAUGGCAUGCACGGACCACUAACCGCUGUGCGAAGCCUAGCAACGAGACUCACGAACGUGAGGCAAGCAAACAGGAGACGCCAGGGAGACGCCCAGGUAGAAGAACAUGCCGACAUUGCAGUCGAACAGGCGGGAAGAAAUCCUUCCGCUCCUGCUACUCCAGCAGGCACUCUGAGCCCCCCAUCGGCAGCGCCGGUGACUCUUGGUGUUGGUCUCCUUUCGGGGGCGUUCACAUCCUUCGCGACUUCCCCUCUUGAGGCAGCAAGGCGGUAUAUCGUGGAGAAAAGCAAAGAGGAUCCAGAAGCCGGACCGGCUACGAGACUCCAAGGUAUUCUCGGUGUCUGCCGAGCUCUUUACGAGCUGGCGGAACAGGAAGGCGUUCUGUCUGGGUGGUUCAAGAACGCACCCACACGAAUGCUCAUCGCCAACGAAGGCAUCAAGGAGCCGAAAGCCAGCCACUACCGAGUUACGGAAUGUGAUGAGGGCGGCGACAUGCACAUGAUUACACGCGUUACAACCAAAACCUGA